AGGAUGCUGAGCUGGGUCCAGAGGGUGCUGCCUCAGCCCCCAGGGACACCAGUGAAGACCAAGAGAGAGGAGGAAGAGGGGGCAGAACCAGAGCCAGAGUUGGAGCCGGAGCCUGAAACAACCCCUGAGGAGACUGAGCUAGAGGAAGAGUCCCCGCCACCUGAGGAGGCCUGCAUGGGGAAGGAAGUGGCUGAGGCUGAUCCGGGCCCUCAGGAAACCCAGGAGGCUGCCCCUUCUCCACCCACAUCCCUCCAGGCUCAGGUCGCUGUGGUUCCGGAAGCGAACAGUGGUCCCGGCAGCCGGGUGCUGACCUGGCUCAGAAAGGGUGUGGAGAAGGUCGUUCCGCAGCCCGUCCACAGUGGCAGCCCUGCCCAGAGCACCGCUGCUGGCUUGGAGGGUCCAGCUCAGCAGGCAGGAGGACAGAUCCUUGGGCACUGCAGCACUGGGGGCUCAGAUGGACACAGUGAGGCCCCCGGGGCCCAAGACACCGGGCCCGGGCCCUGGCUGCUCAGGUGGCUUGAGCAGAAUCUGGAGAAAAUGCUGCCUCAGCCUCCGAAAACCUCCGAGGGCUGGAGAGAUGAGCCUGCAGAUGCUGCCUUGGGUCCAGAGCCCCCAGGAGACCCCUUGGAAAUGGAGCCCGUGCCGCAGGCCCAGGAGAGCCCCUCCCUGCCUGCUCCUGCCCCCCCGAAGCCCGAGGAGGAGCCGACUCCAGAGCCCCAGCCCGGCAUCCAGGCCUCCUCCCUGCCGCCCCCCCAGGACUCUGCCAGGUUGAUGGCAUGGCUCCUGCGCAGGCUGGAGAUGGCCCUGCCACAGCCAGUGAUCCGUGGGAAGGCUGGGGAGCAGGAGCCUGACUCCCCUGUGACAUGUGACGUGCAGAGCAUCAGCAUCCUCCCGGGAGAGCAAGAGGAGCCCAGUCUCCUCCUGGAAGAUGCUUACCGUCACCGGGAGAAGGAGGAGCAUCAGGAGGUCAGCAGCAGCCCACAGGGCCCAGAGGCAGCUGCCGCUGACGAAGAGGAGAGCGAGGUGGUGCAGCAGAUGCCCAGGGAGCUGCCUCAGAUUCGAGAGGAGAAAGAAGACGAGGAGGAGGAGGACGGAGAAGAGGAGGCCUCCAGGCCUCUCCAGAGCCAGGAUGCUCUCAUUAACAGUCACAGUGUCCUGCUGGAUAGCUGUCUGGUGACGCAGGGUGGCGAGGACCAGAGUGAAGAAGGCGGAACUGAGCACCAGGGCGCCUCACACCAGGAGCUGCAGGAGGAGGCCGUGGCCGCCAGUUCAGGAGUACCUGCCACGGAAGAGCACCCGGAAGUGCAGGUGGAAGACGCUGAUGCUGACAGCCAGCCCCUCAACGAGGAAGAGAAUCCACCCUCUCCCGUGCCGCUGCCCCCGUCUCCUGCCAAAUCCGACACACUUGGGGUCCCAGGAUCAGCCACAGGGAGGCUCAGGAAGAGGCUGUGCUCCCAAGAUGAUGAGGCUGAAGAGCUCAAGAUGCUGUCACCGGCUGUAUCCCCCGUGGUCGCUUGGUCGGACCCCACCAGCCCUCAGGGCACUGAUGACCAGGACCGCACAGCCUCCACGGACAGCCAGACCGGUGCCCUCAUCAACAACCGGCUCCAGGAGCUGGUGAAGCUUUUCAAGGAGCGGACGGAGAAGGUGAAGGAGAAGCUCAUCGACCCUGAUGUCACCUCUGAUGAAGAGAGCCCCAAGCCCUCCCCAGCCAAGAAAGCCCCAGAGCCGGCCCUGGAUGUGAAGCCAGCUGAAGCGGGGCAGGUGGAGGAGGAACACUAUUGUGAAAUGCUCUGCUGCAAGUUCAAACGCCGCCCCUGGAAGACGUACCAGUUUCCCCAGAGCAUCGACCCGCUGACCAACCUGAUGUACAUCCUGUGGCUGUUCUUCGUGGUGCUGGCCUGGAACUGGAACUGUUGGCUGAUUCCCGUGCGCUGGGCCUUCCCCUACCAGAUGCCGGACAACAUCCACCUCUGGCUGCUGAUGGAUUACCUGUGUGACCUCAUCUACCUCCUGGACAUCACCGUGUUCCAGCUGCGUCUGCAGUUUGUCAGAGGCGGGGACAUCAUUACAGACAAAAAGGAGAUGCGCAACAAUUAUCUGAAAUCUCAGCGCUUUAAGAUGGAUAUGCUCUGCCUCUUGCCCUUGGACUUUCUCUACUUGAAAUUCGGUGUGAAUCCCCUCCUGCGCUUGCCCCGCUGUUUGAAGUACAUGGCCUUCUUCGAGUUUAACAACCGCCUGGAAUCCAUCCUCAGCAAAGCCUACAUUUACAGGGUUAUCAGGACCACAGCCUACCUGCUCUACACUUUACAUGUGAACUCAUGUCUGUAUUACUGGGCUUCAGCCCAUGAGGGCCUUGGCUCCACUCACUGGGUUUACGAUGGCGUGGGAAACAGUUACAUUCGCUGUUACUACUGGGCUGUGAAGACCCUCAUCACCAUUGGCGGCCUGCCCGACCCCAAGACGCUCUUUGAAAUUGUCUUCCAGGGUCUGAACUAUUUCACAGGUGUCUUUGCUUUCUCCGUGAUGAUCGGACAGAUGAGAGACGUGGUGGGGGCCGCUACUGCGGGAAAGACCUACUACCGCAGCUGUAUGGACAGCACAGUGAAGUACAUGAACUUCUACAAGAUCCCCAGGUCCGUGCAGAACCGGGUCAAGACCUGGUAUGAGUACACCUGGCACUCCCAAGGCAUACUGGAUGAGUCAGAGCUGAUGGUGCAGCUUCCAGAUAAGAUGCGGCUGGACCUCGCCAUCGAUGUGAACUACGACAUCGUCAGCAAAGUGGCACUCUUCCAGGGCUGUGACCGGCAGAUGAUCUUCGACAUGCUGAAGAGGCUUCGCUCUGUUGUCUACCUGCCCAAUGACUACGUGUGCAAGAAGGGGGAGAUAGGCCGGGAGAUGUACAUCAUCCAGGCGGGGCAGGUGCAGGUCUUGGGUGGCCCGGAUGGGAAGUCCGUACUGGUGACGCUGAAAGCUGGAUCUGUGUUUGGAGAAAUAAGCUUGCUGGCUGUUGGGGGCGGGAACCGGCGCACGGCUAACGUGAUAGCCCACGGGUUUACCAACCUCUUCAUUCUGGAUAAGAAUGACCUGAAUGAAAUUUUGGUGCAUUAUCCUGAGUCUCAGAAGUUGCUCCGGAAGAAGGCCAGGAGAAUGCUGAGAAAUAACAACAAGCCCAAGGAGGAGAGCGUACUCAUCCUUCCUCCACGGGCAGGCACCCCCAAGCUCUUCAGUGCCGCCCUGGCUGCAGCAGGAAAGAUGGGUGCCAAGGGGGCCAAAGGUGGCAAGGUUGCCCACCUCAGGGCGCGACUCAAGGAGCUGGCGGCGCUGGAGGCGGCUGCAAGACAGCAGCAGGUGCUGGAACAGGCCAAGAGCUCGGACGACGCAGAGGGAGAGACGGGAUCAGCUACCCCAAAACAGCCCGCGGCCCCGGAGACCCCGGCCCCAGGCUCUCUGCCACCUGCAUCCCAGGGGAGGUCCGAGGGAGAAGAGGGGGGUGCGGCCUGGCCCGAGGAGCACUCGGUGCGGAUCCACAUGAGCCCAGGCCUGGAUCCCGGCGAACAGAUCCUGUUGGUGGAGAUCCCUGAGAAGGAGGAGAAGGAGGAGGAGAAGGAGAAGGAGGAGGAGGAGGGGGAGGAGGAGGGGGAGGGGGAGGGGGAGGAGGGAGGGACCACAGAAAGCCCUGGCCCUGAGUCCCUGCACCGCAAGAAGGCCAAGACGCUGGUCUGCAGUAGUGGCCUCAGUUGCUCUCAGCGGCUCGGCCAGCGACCCUGCCCUGAUGUCAGCUUCUCUGCCUCCCAGGGCUGGUCUUGA